CCCGGAGCGGUGUCCCGGGCAGCCCAGCCCCAUGCAAAACGUAACGGCCUCUGGCGGCUCCGGCAACUCCAAUGUCACCUGCUCCUGCAACUGCACGGCUUCCCAGCCCCGGGAAAUGGAGAUAUCUGAACUGGAGUUUGUUCAGAUUGUCAUCAUCAUUGUCGUGAUGACGGUGAUGGUGGUGGUAAUCAUCUGCCUGCUCAACCACUACAAGUUCUCCACCUGGUCCUUCAUAGCAAGGCAGAGCCAGGCCCGCAGGCACGAGCACGCCCUGCAGCAGAACGGAUGUCUGUGGCCUGCAGACAGCAGCUCGCGGCGAGGAGCCUCAGAGGUGUUCUACGCUCCCCAGGCCCGGGAUCGCUUCACUGCUCCGUCUUUCAUGCAGCGAGACCACUUCAGCCGCUUCCAGCCCACCUAUCCCUACAUGCAGCACCAAAUCGACCUGCCCCCCACUAUAUCCCUAUCAGACGGCGAGGAACCCCCACCGUACCAAGGGCCCUGCACCUUACAGCUGCGUGAUCCUGAGCAACAGAUGGAGCUCAAUCGGGAAUCGGUCAGGGCACCCCCCAACAGAACCAUCUAUGACAGUGACUUGAUUGACAUGGGGGGAGGCAGUGGCCCCGGAGGAGUGGGUGGAGGUGUGGGCAUGGGGGGUGGAGGUCCGAGACCCCCCAGCAGUAAAUCUGGCGUCAGUGCAGCCAAUUCCAGCACCCACGGGCGCAUGGAAGGGCCCCCUCCGGCAUACAGCGAGGUGAUGGGCCAUUACCCCGGAUCAGCUUUCUUUCUACACCAGCACAGCAAUAACCAGAGAAUAGGAAGGCUGGGGGGGCUGGGGGUCAGGGCCAUCCUCCAGGAGAGCCAAUCAGAAAGCACAACAGUACCUGCCAAGGCUAAGGACGGCCAACCAGAAGACCCCGUCUGAGGGAAAGAGGGCUGGAGUGGUCGGCGAGUGUCAGACUCCGGGUCUCUAAACAUCAGCUGGAGCUGCAGGUGGAGACAAUCCCAGAGUUCCUUUCACCUGAAAUGGGGGAGAAUGCUUGCACCCCAUGGACACUUUUGAUUUCAUUUGGAUAAAGAAACCUACUCCAGCACAGACCAGCUCUAUUUCCUCUCUGAUUUUGUUUUUGUCUAAGGGAUCGACGUUUGGUUUCCAUCAAACGAGGAACCGGUUUUGUUUUCUGUUUGGAAUCAGAAUCUGUUCACAAAGUAGAACUGAGAAGGUCUGCAGAAGACACGGCAAAACAAGAGAACCUAAUCCCAGUGCCAAGGUCCACUAGAACAGCAACGGGACGAAGCAGAACCCAAAAACCUUUCCUAAAAGUUGCACUAUUUUUGGUUGUAGAAGAGGAGAGGGAAUGGGCUUUUUCUAAGAGGUUGCUUGUUGUCCUUCCUUCUGUUGUUUUGAUUUUUUAUGUUUGUUUUUUCUUUUUUUUUUUUUUUGCGGGGUGGGUCUGCAUCCCCUCUACACUGCUGAAGGAGAUCUGGGGCAACUCAAACAAAAAGUCAAAAGAGAAAAAGCUAAAGAACUAAUGAAGCUUAAACAUUUCCUUUUUAAAAAGUGCAAGUAAUACUUUUCUAAAGCCAACAACAGCGUUUUGCUUACGCCAGUAAAACUUAGUAAAACUAAAUCUGCUUUGUGACCAACCGCAGGCGUGAAAAAGCGUGCUUCACCCAUAUCUGCUUACACAGGUUAUAAAGCGUUCUUCUAGAAUUACAAUCUGCUUCGUUAAACUGACCUUUGUGUUUGUGUAUCCAGCAGAACAUCGCUGCCCAUGCUCACUUUCCUUUUCUGUUUUCAUGCAUCCAUCAUCCUCCGUCCACCGCUCAGUGCAUUCUUCCAACAUCCCCCGUGAACCCCACCACCUCAGCUGCUCUCCUUAAUGUAGAUAAAGCCACAAGAACGAUGACGCGCAGUGGCGGCAAAAGCUGACUGUGGUUAAGGUCAAAGGGCUAAGGAAGGGGUCCUUCUUACAGAAGAGGAUUAUACCUUUUUGCUCAUCGUUGCCUUGCCGUCUGGUUUUGCCCCUUCUAUGCCCCCAUCCCAGCAUGCUCUCUGCUCUUGUCUGGGUCACUACAGCCAAAUUCCAGUAAUCGGUCCAGCCCCUCCAUCGUACGUUUGAAAAUGUGGUCAUGGAAAUCCAGUAUGCUUUGACACAAUGAGUUAGUUCAGGGUUAGACCUGCCAACGGUGGACUCCAUCCAGUAAAAUGGAUUGAUUUGAGCCUUAGCCUUCAUGUUUUGGUUUCUUCUGUCAUCACGCAAAAAUGACCCAGCAGAUGGCGUUAAAUUUCCAGCAAAAGUCUCCCACGAGCGUAUAUCAAACUCCACGCACGCAAUGAACAUGCUUCCAUGCUUGCAGGACAGUCUCCAUGCACGCUCCUCUACUCUUGUGCGUUCCUGAAACCUCUUCACCGCACUCGUGAAACCUCUUCAUGCCCUCGCGAAACCUCUUCUCCCACUUGUGGGAGCUCCCAUUUUAAAAAAACUUAAAAAUGAAGCAAACACAUAAUGAACAUUUAAACUAAUUUUCUAAGAAAAGUGUUCGAUGGCAGGGUGGAGAAAACACACCAAGAGAAACUAUUAGAAAAUGAAUUUUUCUCACUUUUUUAAACAUGGGGACAUCAAAAAUAAUUUAUUUUUCUUCAGUAGUUUAUAAACUGACAAAUAUAAAGCAGUCCCUUAUCCCCCUCUUUUGAUUUUUUGUUUUAAUUAGAAAAACGAAUGAUACGUGGAUAUUUCUGGGGUUUUUUUCCUUCAAUGUUGAGUUUCACGCGGGCGCGCAGGAGAAGUUCCACAAGCGCACAGUCCUCCACAUGGUUUUAGGAGCAAAAGAAUACUUUUAUAGGCGAGCAGGAGAGGUCACAGGAGCGUAAGAAUACUCCCACGAGCGCAGAGAAGAGGUGUAGAGGAGACUGUCCUGCGCCCGUGGAACAUUCAUUGCGUGCGUGGAGUUUGAUGUACACUUGUGGGAGACUUUUGGCGGAAAUUUAACGCCACACCAACAGUAUUGAGCUCCACAACUCAUAACUGUUGUAUAAAAAGUUGGGAAAACAUGGCUUUGUUUCUUUGGAACUUCCAACCUCAAACCAAAAAAGAGCCAAAAUAAGCAUCUCCUGAACUUCACCUAAUUGAAGUGAACUUGAAAGAGUGUGUGUUCUUUACAGAGAGACAAGAGGGAAUUCCUGACAUGGGAUGUGGAGUCUUCACCAACAUUUAAAGGCCUUGCAGGAGGUUUUUUUUUGUAUAUGUGCUGAAUGACUGAAUGGUUGUCUGGCUGUUUUUGGAUUAACCAUUCAAGGGCAUUACUCUUCUGACUUUCUCAACCUCAACAGAAAAUGAAGCUUUGAUUAGAAUUUAAAAAAAGGGGGCCACACUUCUGUGUUUCUGGGAGUUCCCAAGAAGAAGUCAUUUUCACCCCAGUUAUUUCUUUGACCGGACAGACCUGCCCAUACAUUCACGCCCACCAGUUGAUAAUAUGUCAAUCUUUUUAUGGUACAGGUCAUGACUCCUUUUCUUGUUAAGGAUUCGUAAUUAUGACCAAAGGUUUAGGCUUUGUUUGUACCUGUUUUUGACUCUGACAGAUGAUGGAAAACACCGGAAAGAGGAUCAGAAAUUGUUGCUAAACUCUCCCUAUAGUCUGCAGAGCAGCUGAAGCAAACAGCAGGACUCCUUUUAUGCUGCUGGUUUCAGCGUCCUCGUGUCCAUCCCAGAUCGGACGCACUGAGCUGUCAUAGUGAUGGUUCUGUAAUGCUUUCAUGUGAUUUGCAGACAGGAAAAACAGAGCUGAAAUAACUUUAUUGCUUCCAGUGUGGGUUUAGAGCAGCAGAGAUGACUGCAGAUGGAAGGAGGAGAGUAUCCUUCUGGGGGAGUGGGAAGUGUGGGUCCGUUUGAGCGCUGAUGUGUUGUACAGAUGUGAGCCUCUUGUUCAGAUGUGGUGGGUGUGUUGUUCUCUGUGUGACUACUGCGCUGCUGCUAAGGCUGUUUUUGCUGCUACUACUGUUGCUGCUUUCAUACCUUUCUCCACUGUCCGUUCUGCCCCUUUCGCUCCACCAGGAAAACCCGAACCUUUGCAGUCAAAGCCACCUGCCAUGUCCUGGAUCCGAGUCUGGAUCCUGUGACUGAAGGGGGCAGCUUCCACCGCAUCAGGCUCUCGUUUUCUGUUGAUUCAUGAUUUCUACCAUGUUCCCAAUUUGUGAGUACAUAAGGUGCCUAAUGUUCAUGUCUGAGCAGAUCCCAGCUCAGUCAUAGGGCGGCUGGAGUCCACACAGGCGCUUCAUCUGGGGGCGGGGGUGGUUCCGACUGUCUGGCAGGUGGAGCAGAGUUCUACAUCGGUUCCGUCUGGGUCCGCGCAUGGCGUUGUCCAUCGCUCCGUCAGACAGUAUUAACCUCCCCUCCCGCAGAUCCAGGCGAGGCUGUUCCGAGCAGAGACGUGGCCUUUGUGUGGCGUAGACAUAAGAACCCACUUGCACUCAAAAAAAAAACUCCCACCUUCUUUGUGCCUCACUUCCAACGGUGCUUUUUCAGUCUUUCUUUGUUUGUUUGUAAGGUGCUGUAAAUAACUUGAAUCUCUUAUGCACAUAUCCUACCCAAUGGGUAGAAACCACGAAAAGAUGUUGUGAAUACUGUAAAAUAAAUGUAUAGACAUUAUAAUAAUUUGAAAUGCCUAUGACUAAAACAUGCUCUUUUAACAUCAAAGUAUGCUUAGAUUAUGGUUGCAACACAAAUGACUUCUCACACUAUUUUCCUAUAAAUAACAAGCCUGAUGAUGAAAUAACCCCGUAUAGAGAGAGAGGACCACUGGAGCAUCAGAUUUGUCCGUCUCCCGGGACUCUGGAGCAGAGGAAGAGUUUCCUCUCCACUAACAAAUGUAAAGCUGUUUUGCACAGAUUUUUUAAGGAAACAGAUCUCCUGCACAUCUGUUGACUUUCAGACGUCCAGCAGACGAUCCUGUGUCCUCACUGAGCACAAAAGUGAGUCUGUCUUUGAGGCGUCAGCUGCAAAGAAGAGCAGUCAGCAUUUUGUUCCGCAUUUCUGCCAAAGUGUAAGAGCCGGCGCGGACCCUCCGCCGGGGUCAGGUGGCGUUUCAGCUGCUGCUGCUGGGGAAAACACAAAGAGGGAAGCAAAUUUCUUUUGGCAAACUUGCACCAGCAGCGUUAGAUGAGCAGGGGUCGAAUUACUGUUAAAGCUAUCAUCCCAACUUUUACUACUUCACUAAUUAUUUUCUACAUUUUGAUAUUACAUCAGUUUAUCCAAACAGUCAUGUUUAAUCCGCUUUACUGACGUUAUGUAUUCAAGCUACAGUACGAUAUGCACAGAGCAUGGUCAUUAUCUAGAGACAAUGUACAUAGUCAAGUUUUCUUUUCCAGAAGCAGAGUAGUUGAGGUUUGAGGAGUUGGGCGGAGGCGGUUCCUCUUGUCACAGGUGAGCCUCGAACUAAUCUCCACCUGCUUUGUCCCGUUCCCCUUUCCUGGAGUUCAGACUCUCAGCGAGAAGACGCGGGGACAACCGUCUGCUUUCAUCAUGGGUUUAGCAUCAUCCGUUUGCUUUACUUACAAAAUGUCUCAUUUACCCCUCUGCAGAAAUAUAUAAAUAAAUGUGUAUAUAUAUGUAUAUAUCAUAUAUAUAUGAUAUAUACAUAUAUAAAUCAUAUAUGUAGUAUAUAUCUAUAUAUAUGAUAUAUAGAUACAUAAAUCAUAUAUUCAUAUAUAUAUAAAUCUCUGACAGAGGCUAAAUUGUGUAUUUUUUUUUUUAUUUAAGCAGUUGUGAUGUAAUAGGUUUUAGGCCUAAGGUCUGUUAUUGCAAUACUUUUACAGAAAAGAAGAAAAUCCAAUAAAAAUGUUGCUCCAAGUGCUGUUGUAGUCAGAAUUGAAGCUUGUACUUCUGCUGUAGUCCGACUGCAGCGUAACAAAUAAACCUUUAAAAGUGA